UGAGCAUUUCUAUUUCGGCGCGAGUGUCGCGAGACGCGGCGGCACGCGGCGCCCGCGCAAGUGUUAAGGAACUUUAGUUCGCGCGCAUGUUCCCCGAGCCGAACACGUCUAAACAAACACGCGUAGUAUCCCAAAGAACAGUGCAAGUGAUAAGUUUUUGUGCUAAACUAUGCCAGCUGUUGACAAUGGAAAACGUGUGUUUUAUCAAAUUAUUAUCAGAAUCCCAUAUUUAGUACACAUUUUGUUAUGUCACUCACAGAUUAACCUUAUUGACAUUUGGCCAUGUUGUUAUCCUACACUUUUAAGGCUUUUGUAGAACUGGUUUCUUUAUAUGUAUCUGGAUUGCUCUACUUGUAUCUCAUAUUUUGAUGUGUAGUAACUGUUGAAUGCCUAACAGGAAACAGUUUCGAUGGGACCUUUUGUAUUCUAAUGCACAACAUCCUUAAAUAUUAGUAUAAUUAGCUGUCGUCUGACAUGACUCAGACAGACGCGACUCACACGACGAUUAUUGGAUUUGGAAUAAAACACAACUAACUCUACAACGCUCCCGCUGGCAUUAAGUACGGGCCACCAUUAGCGUACUCUCAUUUUUUGUUAACAGCUGGCGCGAUACAAAUAAAACAAAACGUCGAUCCGGCACAAACUCAGUCUGCACUGUAUCUACAUGUGAUACCACAGGUGUGAUAUCAUCACAAUAACCGCGUUCCCGAUCCAGAUAGUGUGCAGUGUGCUCGCCACAGAUACCCGUGUUUGCUCUCUGAUAAUGUCGGCAGAACUGUGCGAGAACAUUAUGCCGUGAGUGGGCAUUUGCAUUCUUAUCACAAAGCAGACCACGUGCUUCCUACGCUCGACGCGAAGACAGUGCGGAUAGUGAUGGUGUGACGUCACUCGCGAGGCAUGUAGAACAUUAGCCAAUUAGCGGAGUUAAUGGUGAAUAGUGCGCGUGGUUCGAGUGUGCCGCGAAGUGCGAUCCGCCGACGCGUCGAUAUGUUGUUGCAUGGUGGCGAGGCAGCGAGAGGGCCUGUACAACGGAGACGCUCAGGUCUCUGCGGAGUUCCAUGCUGUCGUGGGGGAGGGGCUCCACGGGACCGUCGAAGCCCGCGCCCCUGGCCUGCCCCCGCGAGGACGACAGCAGCAGCGAGCCGGGCAGCGACGGCGAAGCCCAAAGCUCGCUGCUCGCGGGCGCCGCCGCCCUGGCUCGAAGACGACACGCCAUAAGGAUCAAAAGGAAAUCUAAGAUCACUUUCAGGAUCAUAAGACGCACUGGCGACGCCGGCGCGCGAGUGCUCCGCUCCACCCCGGACUGGGGCGACGGCGCGAUCAGCGGCGAGCACCUCUGGUCGCCCACCUCCGUCUCCGGGGACUGCUGCUACGUAGGAGACGCCGAAUGCCAAAAACACGGCUCCCGAAUGAAGUGUUCCGCGUGCAAGAUCGUCGCGCACACGGCGUGCAUCGACAUUCUGAUGGAGCGCGUACAGUUCACGUGCAAGCCAACGUUCCGGGAUGUGGGCGUGCGCCAGUACCGCGAGCAGACCGUCACGCACCACCACUGGGUCCACCGAAGAUCGGAGAAGGGCAAGUGCAAGGCUUGCGGGAAGUCACUGCGGCGCAGAUGCUGUGGGUGGUGCAUACCGGAGCGAGGUUCAGUUCACAGCUCUAAACCAGUAGACAAUGAAAUCUCUGAUCGCUCGCUGCAGGCGAAACUGUCGUUUAGCUCUAAGGAGAUCGUUGCGCUGAGCUGUUCCUGGUGUAAAGACGCGUAUCACAACAAAGAGAGCUGUUUCAACCUUCAACGGAUAGGGGAAGAAUGUUGUUUAGGAUCGCAAUCGAAUAUCAUAGUGCCGCCAUCGUGGAUCGUGAAACUGCCUAGAAGAGGUAGUUUCAAGUCGUCGUUGCGGAAAUCGCCAAAGAAGAAAAAUGCGUCGAAGAAGAAAGGCAAAGACUCUAAGAAUGAGCAGAAAACGUUUGUGAUAAAACCAAUACCGACUGCAAAGGUGAAUCCAGUGUUGGUGUUCAUUAACCCGAAGAGUGGGGGAAACCAAGGGGCCAAACUUUUACAGAAAUUCCAAUGGCUGCUCAACCCGCGGCAGGUCUUCGAUCUCACGCAAGGUGGACCUGGACCUGGGUUAGAAUUGUUCCGCAAAGUGCCAAACUUGCGAGUGCUGGCGUGCGGUGGCGACGGGACAGUUGGUUGGGUGCUCAGCGUACUAGACCGCAUCGGCACGCGGCCUGCGGUCGGCGUGCUGCCGCUUGGAACCGGGAACGAUCUCGCCAGAGCGCUCGGAUGGGGAGGGGGCUACGAAGACGAGCCUAUAUCGAAGAUCCUGGCGAACAUCGGCGAGAGCGACACAGUCCUUCUGGACCGGUGGCAGCUGACCGUGGAGCCCAACACCGCGGCAGCUGGCGAGGAAGCCAAGAAUGCGAAGCCCGAGCUACCGCUAAACGUCGUCAACAACUACUUCUCAUUCGGAGUAGAUGCACACAUAGCACUCGAAUUCCACGAGGCGAGAGAGGCGCAUCCGGAGAAGUUCAACUCGCGUAUCAGGAACAAGCUGUUCUACGGGACUGCUGGCGGCAAAGACCUGAUGCAGCGGAAGUGGAAGGGCUUGGCGGAGUUCGUCACCAUGGAGUGCGAUGGGAAGGACCUCACGCCUGUGCUCAGGGAACACAAAGUGCACGCCAUUGUUUUUUUAAACAUUCCAAGCUACGGGGGUGGCACCCACCCUUGGAACAAAUCCGGAGGGGCAGUCGAGCCCUCGACUGAAGACGGCCUUAUAGAAGUAGUAGGAUUAACGACAUAUCAAUUGCCUUUAUUGCAAGCGGGCGGCCACGGCACCUGCAUCACGCAAUGCAAGACUGCGAAGAUCGUCACCACGAAGGUGAUACCGAUGCAGGUGGACGGGGAGGCGUGCCGGCUUGCGCCUUCCAUCAUCACGCUGUCCAGGCUCAACCAGGCCACAAUGCUGGCCAAGAAGAAGCCUGGACGGGUUAUUGCACCUCAAACGACAGUGGACAAACUGUCACUCACUGUGAAUCUCAUAACCAUGGUGGAUUACGAAAGACAUCACUAUGAUAAGGAGCUCCUCGCGAAGACAGCGGAGCGCGUCGGCACUUUGGAGGUGAACCCGGCGGCCGACCUGGAGCAAAUGCGUGGCCUCAUACAGAACAUGAUCAAAGAGUCUCAAGCGUACUCGAACCUCGUCGACUGGUGGUUCGUCGACUCCGUAACAGCAGAGCGGUUUUUCCGCAUCGACAAGGCGCAAGAAAACCUGCACUACCCAACGGAUAUUGGACACGAGAACAUCUACAUUCUGGACGCGGCGCCACUGACUCCGGACACCGAGUCCACGGCGCACCCGGACACCACCGCUACAGCUUCACUGGACCGGACGGGGCCGUCCGUGUCACUUGACACCACCACUGGACUCUCUGUGUCACUCGACAUCUCGCAAAGUGUCGACACUCCCAGCGCAGGAGUGUCGCUUGAUGUACCUGAAUCUCAUGCCAGCGAAUCGGGUCUGGGUAGCCCCGCGCGUACCUCAGAGGAACUGCUGACGCCUCAGACGCCUCCUCCUGUCAUCAUAGCGCCCUCUUCACCGGCCAGCAAGACUCCUGUUCCGAGCACUCCCAAGAUGGCGCCUCUGCCACCUUCACCCAAGGUGCUCAUGCCGCAGGAGUCCAAUUCUCCUCCGCUCUGCACCAGCCCUCCUGCCAAGGAACAUCUGCCUACACACGACUCGAUAGUCCGCUUCAAAACAAAUUUAUUGGAAAAAACAUCUGACGCACUUCUCAAAGCGGCUAAAGUCGGAGAUUUGAAAAUGAUGAAAGAGUUGCACGCGGCCGGCUAUUCGCUGCUAUCGAUCGACGCGAGUGGGCAAACAGCGCUGCACAUAGCCGCUCGCUACGGGAACAAGGAGAUCGUGAAGUACUUGAUUGCUUGUGCCCCCACGGCGAUCCUGAAUAUGCGAGACAACGAGCGGGGGCAGACGGCACUGCACAAGGCGGCCGCCCACAAGCGCCGGGCGAUAUGCUGCAUGCUGGUGGCGGGCGGCGCGUCCCUCACAAGGCAGGACCACGCCGGGCUCACGCCGCGGCAUUUAGCUCUGCGCGCGGAGGACCACGACCUCGCUGCUUACUUAGAGAGUCAAGAGCAUUUCCAAUUGGUCUCUGAGGACCUAGAAACUGCUGUUUGAGGGAAACCCUCAAGAAGUUUCUCCAGCAGCGUGCCCAGCAGGACGCGGCAAGUGAUACAAGCAAAUGACUUGAUAAAACCCAAAUGUAUUUAUACUCCAAACCAAAGUGAUAUUGAGAUCUAUUUAAUUGUGACGUUUCCAUUUUUUCCAUUGUGAAUUUCCUAGUUACACAUUGUAUUUUUAUUCUAAAUUAAUAACGUAUAAUACGAAUACGAUUUAAUUAAGUGAUUAUGAAUAAAUAUUAUUAAUGCAUUGACGAUAUUGUUAGAAAUACACUUUAGCAUUCUCUUAGUAUUAAUUUGAAGUACCGUACUUACGAGCGAUAAUAUUGAAUAAGGAGAAUAAUGAUAUAAUUUUUAAAUUCAAAUAAAAACUUAUUCGUUAGAAAUAAGUUUACCGUGCCCUUUACUCACAUACUUAUGACUAAAAUCAUAUCCUAGUAGAACACAAUACUGUAAAAAUUCUAACUUUAUUUCCUCAAAGAUAUUCGUAGCACAAUUCCUUAAAUUUUAAAUUAAAGUUACAACGGUAAAGACUACAAAUAAACUUUCGACAUCCACUAAGUAACUUAAAUACUUAAUAGGCAGGAUCAACAAUGGGUAAGUAUUUUAAAAUCCGGUUUGGCUUAAUGAUGAGUAAGUCUGAAUGAAAACGAUAUUAUAAGUAGUCAGUAAAAAUAUCUGAGGCAAUAAAAAGAAAGAGACAAUACCAACUACUCUUUAUACUUUAAAGAAAUUUCAAACGGAAUAAGUACCUACCUGCCUAUCUCCUGAAAACAAAAUGUCAUUGUUAGUAGAAUUAACGUUUUUUGAUGCCUUAUAAAAUAUGGAUUUACGUAUUUUGAAUUAAGGCUCUUUGUAUCUACCACAUUCGAAUCAUUGUUGUUUUGUAUUAAAAUAUUAAAUGGAUUUAUUAUUUGCCCUACUCAAGAAUCUGAUAGUUUUAUAAUUUUGUUUGAUAAGUUGUUAUUUUGGCACGGCACAUAGUAAUAUCGUACUGUUUGCUGAUUCAUUUUCAGGUCCCUCAGACAAAAAUGCUUCUUAUUAUAGUAUAGUUGACAUCACUAGUCA